CACACACACACACACACACAACAAAUAUAAAAUGGUUAGACUAUGAAAUAUAAUUAAUUCCUUUGACGGACAACUUGACUAGACGAUUUUUUUCGGUAAGCGAAUGCAAUUCUUGCGAUAGGCGAGCCAUACGAAGGCAAGUUUUUGCAAAGCCCGAAUUCCGAAUCCCAAUUCCCACGCUCGUUCUUUUUACGGAGCUAAGCGCGAAGAUACCGCGCGGAAUUAUAUCACGCAAGCGUGAUCCCGAUACGAUCUACUAUUGUAAUUGUUGCGCGAUUCUAAUUAUUAUCGUUGUUCCUGUGGAAUAAAUAAGAUGAGGAACAACGACGCGUAAUUGGCUGGCUGCCGCUUUAAAACGCCUCAACACGCUUCAAUGCCUCGAAUGCGUCGUACGCACGGUGUCGCGCAACUCUCGCAACAUCUCCUAUAAAACUAUAUAAAAUUAUUAGACAAACAAUUGGCAUUUUCUUGCAUUUGUUCUCGCCAUUACGAUCAUUUUUCGAUCGUUAACUGCAGGAUUAAUUCAGAUCGUGUAUUCGGCCCGUGUAAAAUAUACAUACAUAUCAUAAACAUGCUUGAAUUUACUCAGUUACACGGAAGUCGCACGGAACACGUUUUUCAGAUGGAUCGACUUUUAUUGGCAAGUCUAUUCAUUGCCCGUUGGUGUAGGCUGUAGGCAAGUUCAGAGUGUUCAGAUAGGUGCGGGUGCGGACUACAGCGAGCCGAGUACGACGACUGACUGCAGCGGGUCGAGGACGAGGGACGAGCGGACGAGGGAUAACGAUAUGAUAAAACUGUGUAAAUUGGAGGGAACACUAUAACCGCUGUCCGCUGUGACGUCGAGCCGUCGAGUUUGCAGUUUGUUUCCUUCGUCAGCUGACCGCGAAGUACGGACCUGCUUCCUACUGCUCGCGCUCGAAAUCAUCCAAACUUUUGCUUCUUGCCAAAGUAUUAAAUGUGUGCUUUUAUAGAUGUCUAAUCAUCUACCUUGCUUACGCGUUCGAUUUACUCUUCGAGCUCUUCGAUUAAACAAUUAGGUUAUGUUGUAUAAAAAAUAAAUUUGAAAAAUGACGUACGCGUAUGCGUUUCCUUGUCAUCACAAUAUCUUAGAUAAUGGGAGUAUAUGGUUUAUGGAAAUUGCUCGAGGCAUCUGGAAAGCCGAUACCUCUGGAGAGCCUUGAGGGCAAGGUCUUGGCAAUCGAUGUAUCGAUAUGGAUAUACCAAGUGUUGCAAGGAUACCAGGAUCGUCAUGGCAUUCCUAGACCUAAUGCUCAUUUAUUUGGAUUAUUUACUAGAAUAUGCAAACUCCUGUAUUACAAGAUCAAACCCGUAUUUGUCUUUGAUGGAGGUGUACCCAUGCUCAAGAAAAAUACAAUUGCCUCGCGCAGGAAGCAGAAAUCUAUUGCCACGAGUAAGGCGCAAAAGAUGAAGGUGGAUUUGAUAAACAACUUGAUAAGGCACAGCGUUGUAAAAACUGUCCUUAACAAAGAUCCCAAGGAUGAAAAUAGUAAUCGUGAACCGACACAAAUAACAAUGAAUAUGCAAACUAAACGUUCCGACCAAGAUAUAUUUGAUUUGCCUGAUACGCCUAGUGUCAGCAAUAUACAGAGUUAUGUCGACGACGAUCAACAUGAUUCUGACACUGUUGUCGAACUAAGUCCACGAAAGCAAUCUAAAUGGACAGGGAAUAUACAUAAUGUUGACGUAACCAGCAACGAAUUUAAAGCAUUACCUGCAGACGUUCGUUAUGAUAUACUCACUGAUCUUAAAGAAACGAGGAAACAAAAUUCCUGGGGUCGUUUGCACGAAAUGCCUCAGGAAUCGCAAGAAUUUUCAGGCUUCCAGUUGAAACGUUUGCUUAAACGUAGACAUGUGCAAGAAUCUUUAGAAUCCGCUGAGAAAGAAAUGGGUGGAAAGACACUGACAUUGGAGGAGUUGGAUAAACUACUGACUGAACAAGGCAUCGAUACAAAGAGCAGAGACGCUUUUCGAAUAGCCGCGGAUAGUACAACCAGAUUGAUUUAUGUCAGUGACAAGAAUUCAUUAGCAACAAAAUCUGUUGCAAACGAAUUGGAGGAGAAAGUUGAUACAUUACGGGAUGUAAAUGAACAAAUUGAACCUCUUGCUGGUCCAAGUAAUUCCACGUCAAUUGUAGAAAACAUUAAUGAGUAUGAAUUAAAUGAUUCCGAUGAUGAAGCCAAUGUACCAAUCUAUGGUAAUUCUCUACUUAUCGCAGAAAACAUUAACGAGUGUGAAUCAAAUGAUUCCAAUGUUGAGGUUGAUGUAUCAGUCUAUGACGCUUCUCCAUCUAUUGCAGAAAAUAUAAAUGAAUACACGUUUGACAGUGAUUGGGAAUCUGAAAAUGAUAUAAACAAAUCAUCGACAUUAGUGAGUAAAAAUACAAUGAAUCCUGCAUUAACAUACAUGCUAGAAUAUAGCGGUCUAUCUCAAAAUCAGAUCAUGCACCUCAUUAAACGUAACAAAAAUGAAAGUCAUAAGAAUACAAGGAAAAGCAUAAAAGUGAAUGAUAUUUAUACAGAACUAACACAAGUCGCAAAGUCAAUAGAUAAUAACACAAUAUUAUCACUUUCUGAAAAUUGCGAGCAAGUUUUGAAAUCCAUAGAAUCGCAGAAUAUGAGAGAUGUAUGCACACCUAAAGAGAAUUUGGCCAUUGAGUCAAUUCAGUCUAGUCCAGAUAAUCUCGCUAAAGUUAAACUAUUACAAAGCGAUGCUAAGACUUUCUCAAAUGUUACUGUCACAUCUUCGGAGUUUAGACACACUUCAAGUUUAGACAAAAAAAUAGUAUUUGAGGAACGUUCUCCUGCGUCUUCCACGAAAUCUAACGAUGUAAAGCACGUAGAUGCGUCAGAUUCGGAUUCUGACGAUUUCAUCGAAGUUCAAGAUGUUCCGAUGUAUGAUAUAAAUAUUUCAAGGAAUAUUACGAGGAAAAAAGAUAUCGAGAUAACUAUCGAAUCGGAUAAAAAACUAGAGGAUGAUAUGUUUGCCGAUAUAUUUGAAAAAGUUAAUAACGACGAAGUUAUAUCGAUAAGACCAGAGCAGAAACAGUUUGUUGAUAUAAUAAAUGGUAAAAAUCCUAUACAAAUAAUUUCUGAAAAUAGUAAUAAUUUAAAAGAUAGCUUCUUGGAUACUAUAUCUCAGGAAUCAAUCAAGGGAGAAACAAAAAUUGAAUUGUCAGAACGUACUCGGCAAGACGAAUACUUGAACAAGGAUAUGUCAAAUGAUGAAAAUAAUUUACAUGAGGUUCAAAACUCUAAUAAAUCGAUAGAACGAGAUAUUACAGACACUAUUGUUCGAGUUAAUCCUAACAAAUGUAUACAGGAGAAGCUAGUAGAGAGUGUAUUACCUAUUAAUAAAGCAGAUUUGAUAGAAUUGAAGGAACAAUUAGAAGAUGAGCAAGAAGAACUGGCAAGAGGCAUUGACAAAUUUGAGAGACAGGCUACAAACAUUUCUGAUCAAAUUAAAACCGAUGCACAGGAGCUAUUACGUUUAUUCGGCCUACCAUAUAUAGUAGCGCCCAUGGAAGCAGAAGCACAGUGUGCAUAUUUGGAACAAAUUAAAUUAACCGAUGGCACAAUUACUGACGACUCUGAUAUCUGGCUUUUUGGAGGCCAAUGUGUAUACAAGAAUUUUUUUAACCACAACAAAAAAGUAUUACAAUUUCGUACCUGUGAUAUUCAACAUCACUUUAAACUUAACCGCAAUCAAUUGAUACAAUUAGCCAUUUUGGUUGGCAGCGAUUACACUGCUGGAGUAACUGGCGUUGGACCAGUUACCGCGCUAGAAAUAUUAGCCGCGUUUCCUGCCGAUGGAGACAAUGUAUUACAUGGAUUACAUAAUUUUUCUUCAUGGAUAAAGAAAGGAAUGAUUGCCACACCUGGGAAAACAGGCUUACGCAAUAAAUUGCGAAGCAUAAAAUUGGAUAGAGAUUUCCCAAAUCAAGCAGUUGUCCAAGCGUACCUCUUUCCCACGGUCGACGAAUCAAAGGAAACUUUUACCUGGGGUAAGCCGAAUGUUGUACUUCUUUGCGAUUAUACGAGACAGAAAUUUGGAUGGACAAAGGGCAAAUUCGACGACACGAUAAUACCAGUAUUGAGGAAAAUGGAAGAAAAUAAAAAUCAAAAAUUAUUAGAUAUGUAUUUCAAAGCGAAAGCGUCUCCACGUUCUAUCGAACCAAGCUUAAGUAAAAGAGUACAGAAAGCUUUACACAGAUUAAACGGAGAUGAUGUUGAUACGGAUAAUAACGGAGAUGGCGAACCUCAGAUUAAGAAAAGUAAAAAGGGUAGUACUAUUCAAAAAUCGAGCAAAAGAAAGAAUUCCGUUGCCAAACAUGAGAGUACUCCUCCACCCAUUAAAACGAAUAUUGUCACCGAGAAAUCUGUUAAAAUUGUUGAAAAAAAGUAUACCAAAGAAUAUAUACCACAGCGAGAAAAAGAUAGGGCAUGCGCGUUAGAAAAAAGAUUGCAUGCUAUAGAAAUAUUUAGAAAAUCGAAACAAGGUUUGGACAAAACGAGAAAAGUCAAAUGUAAGGUACGAAAAGUCAAGGAACAGGCAGAAUUAUCGGAAAGUGAUAGCAACUGAAACUAUUCAGAAAUGUGUCACUUAUUACUAUAUUGUGUAAUAUGUAAUUGUUAAGCAUUUCUUUAUUCUAGCUCUAUAGUAGUGAUGCAAUGAGGUUGAGCUGGUAAUGAUUUUUUAACUUUUUUUACUCUAAUACAA